AUGGUCCGAGUCCUUCCCGUCGUUUUAACUGCUUUAUCUUUGGAAUUGGUGGCGAGCACAAUAUCUCAAUCUAUAAUACAGCCGGUGUACCCUCGAAGUGAAACCAUGUCUGUGGACGAUACUGGAAACCUGGAGAUCUCAGGUAAUUCGAUCUGUGGCAACGGCCGUUGCUAUCCGAAGAUCUUCGAACCUCGUUACGAUUGGCAGCCCAUACUACCGGGCCAAGAACUGCCUGGUGGCUUGGAUAUAAGAAUCAACAUGGAAACUGGCUCGAAAGAGGCAAAAUUAAACGAUGAUGACAGUGAAGGUGAAAACAGCACAUAUGACUUAGUUGUUUCAUCGGAAAACACGGAACCAUCUACCGAUAACUACGAGUUUUCCAGCGAUUUUCAAGAAAUUAGAAGCAUCCUCGACUCCCAUUCGACCUUAUCUCCACACGAUAUCACUGUACUGGAAGAUACGUUCGAUAGAGUAAUGGAGUUUGCUCAUGAUUACAAGCACGGCUAUAAAAUCAUUGUCCAUGAAUUUCCCCUUUUAGCCAACGUCAGUCUUAACGAAGAAUUACCCCUAACGUUAAGAGAGCUAAGCACUAGAGUCAUUACAAGUUGCGUGAGAAAUAACCCACCUGUGGUGGAAUAUAUCAGUGUGAAUUUUUCGAGUUUAAAAAGCCAAAUAAUGGCCACUUUGUCAAAGUUGAAUAAUUCCAACCAUAAAUUCUCGAAUAUCUUGAUCAAGAGAUAUUUAUCCAUUUUAAACGAGCUACCCAUAACGUCCCAGGAUUUUCCCCUAUAUUCUACAACAGUCUUACAAAGUAUUUAUGACGAAAACAGUGGGGACAAACAGUUGCAAAUAAAAGUCUUGGAGCUAAUUAGCAAGAUUUUCAAAACAGACGUGAAGGAAGACGAAGUCACGAAUCUAGCAUUGUAUAAAAGGGAUUCAGAAAACUGGUCACAAAAUUUGCAAGAAUGGGCAAGUGCGUUUCAAGAAAUGGUCCAGAACAAGGACAUAGACGAGCUGCACACGAGAACUUUCUUUGAGACCUUGUACAAUUUGAAAAAGGUAUUCAAGAAUGAUAUCACCAUUAACAAAGAUUUCCUGAAUUGGUUAGCACAACAAAGCGAACACAGACAAUCCAAUCUGGAAAAUGGGCUACAAGAAAGAGACGUUGAACAAGACUCAUUCGAUAAGAAACUCAUCGACAGCAGGCACUUGCUUUUUGGAAAUCCUAUGGCCCACAGAAUCAAGAAUUUCAGAGAUGAAUUGUGA